CGUGUAUGUACACAGUUGUGUUUGAGUGAUAUCAGAUGACGUUUGUCGUACAUACAACGGUGGCAGUGGAUGAUAUAAUUUGGUAAAAAAAUUGAGAAUUUCGCGCACGACAAUUCUCCUCCUGUUAAAUCAAAGAACGGCUAUCUACCUCUCGAACGAACGAACAAAUAAAAGAGAAGAAUAACCAACGUCGAGCUUUCGAUAAGCAACGGCGGCGGCGAUUACGACGACGGGACGACGAGGGCAAGGAUUAUUAUUAAUCACUGUUGCUCGCUACGCCAGCAGCUGACCUCGAGCUGGCUCUGACGCGCCGAAAGGAUGGCAGAAGCCGCCGUUAAUCUCAUCAUAAAGGCACCGAAUCAACAGAUCAAGGACCAAGUGAUCAAAUGCGAUCUCAGCUGGACCAUUGGCCGUCUGAAGGAGUAUCUAUCCGAAGUCUAUCCCAGCAAGCCAGAAAGCUCACAUCAGAAAUUAAUUUAUUCGGGUCAAUUGCUGAAUGACUCUGCACAAUUGAAGGAUAUCCUGAGACAGCGCGAUGGCUUAGAAGAUCAGGCAUACACCGUUCAUCUAGUAUGUACACCACAGAAAAUGUGUUCUGGUAAAACAUCAGAUCAAAAUUCGACAAUUGAAAAAAAUACAGAUACAACAUCCUCAAUGAGAAACAAUCAUAUCAGAAGCAACAGUGUUCAAAAUCAGAAUCAUGAGAAUACUAAUGUUACUGCACCUCAGCCUCAGCAAAUGUAUUUGCCCCAACAGUACUUUGAUCCUCGAAAUAGUCAACAGUUAGCCUGGAUGCAACAAGCAUACACACAUUACUUCACACAAUAUAUGCAACUCAUGGCAGCGCAAGGCAUACAGUUACAAGCCAGUAUUCCAUACCUGCAACAAAUGAAUAUUAAUAUUAACGACAAUACACCUCAACAUACGUACACGAGCACCAACAACAACAAUAAUGUUGUUGACGAACAGGUUGCCCAACCAGCAGCGCAGGAUGCGCCGGAUAUCAAUGCGGGAAAUAAUGGCGCGGCUGAGGAUGCCGCGUUUAAUCGCGAUUGGUUGGAUUUCUUCUAUACAUUGUCCAGAAUCAUUGUUUUAUUUGGUAUAGUGUAUUUCUACUCGUCUCCUCUCAGGUUUCUCAUUGUCACAUUCUUGGGAUUUGCAAUAUAUCUAUAUCAGGGUGGUUUCUUCAGGGUACAACCGAUAUUACUAGGUGAGAACAAUAACGGUCGCGUAGACAACAACAACCAAGUGUUGCAAAACGAAGCGAUGGGUCCACAGGCUGUGCCACAGCAACAAAAUCCUCAAAUGCCAACUCCGCAACCAGAAGCACGAACAAACGCUAACGAGGAAAAUGAAGAACAACGGCCAGGUCCACUCGCCUUUACUUGGACUUUCUUUAGUUCAUUUUUCGCCUCGCUUAUCCCAGAUCAGCCGAAUGUCAUUUAAUCUCGCCCGAUUUGUUAUAAAAUCAAAUUUUUUUCUUCUACAUUAAAAAAAAAAAUAUAUAUAUAUAUAUAUUUACACAACCAAAACAGAAACGUGACAUAAAUAUUAGAAAUAAUGGUGAAUUAUCAUACAUCAAAUGUUGUAAGUAUCAUAUAGUUUGUAAAAUCAGAAAUGCUCGCAAAAUUAUGCGAUUUGAAAGAGAUACAUGUAUUCCUAUGGAAGUCUGAUCAGUUUUAUGAUAUCCAUUUUUGUAUCUGAAUCUAAUAGUGUAUGUAAAUGUUCAUAUAUACAAAUAUUAAUAAUUGACAUACACUUAAGAUAGAUGACAUUUAUCGCGAAACUCAAUUUCCAAUGUCAUGUAUAAAAAUUAUAUAUAAUAUAUGUAUCUCGAUUGAACUCAACAACAGAAUCAUCACGAAAUGAAAUAAUAGUCACGUUCUAUUUAUAUGUACUAACACUAACUUUCCUUCGAAAGAAGAUUGUUAGACUCGCCAUCCCAAAGCUAUUAGAAUUUAAUGUAUAAAAGAAAUUUUUUAUGUUUGUAGAGUAAUUUAAAGAUACAACGAGAUAAAUUGUGUGCGUGUGUACAUGCACGCGCGCAUGUUAUAUAUGCGCAUGUGUGUGCCUAUAUAAAUGUAAGAAAUAUGCGAUUUUUGUGUAGAGUCUGUAUUAUAUAAAGCGAUAAUAUAUAAAAAAGUAAUAAUAAUAGAA